UUGUCUUUCUUCUUUUGAGAAAGCAAACGCAACCCAAUAUUCCUCACUAUCUGUGACUGUGAGAAUUUAUAGUUUCAGCAAUCUCCCAUUUUCUUCUCUUUAUACUUACAACUCCAAUACAUAUCGAAAGAGUAAAUACUUCAGAAUUUCUAUUUCGUGUUAAGGGUUCGGUGCAGAGGCAUUGCUUUUGUCAGAAAUAUUGCCGUUCUCCGUCGUUUCUCCUCAAAAGGUUUAGAUACAUAUGAGUUGAGGCUCUGAGCUGUGCCUGUUUAGGGAAGACAGUGAAUAGGCCUUAGCCGUACAGAAGAAUGGUUAACUUGGAGCAGCCGAAGCGAAGAGUUGCCUUUGUGCUUAUUGAUGGUUUGGGAGAUGUCUCUCUGCCAAGAUUUGGUUAUAAAACCUCGCUUCAAGCAGCCAAAAUAGCAAAUUUGGAUGCCAUAGCAUCUGCAGGAGUUAAUGGUCUGAUGGAUCCUGUUGAAGUUGGCUUGGGUUGUGGAAGUGAUACAGCCCAUCUUUCUUUGCUGGGCUAUGACCCUAGGGUAUAUUACCGAGGUCGGGGUGCAUUUGAGUCAAUGGGUGCUGGGUUGGCAAUGUCACCAGGGGAUAUUGCAUUUAAGUCAAACUUUGCUACACUGGAUGAGGAAACGGGAAUAGUUGUUAGCAGGAGGGCUGAUAGGCAUUUUGAAGAAGAAGGGCCAAUUCUUUGUGCAGCAUUAGAUGGAAUGAAGUUGCCUUCUUUUCCCGAAUAUGAAAUUAGAGUCAGGUAUGCUACGGAGCAUAGAUGUGGAGUGGUUGUCAAGGGACCAAAGCUCAGUGGAAAUAUAUCAGGAACUGACCCAUUGAAAGAUAACCGCUUACUUUUACAAGCACAGCCUCUUGAUGAUACAGAUGAAGCAAAACACACAGCUGCAGUUGUCAAUGAACUGUCUAAAGAAAUUUCACGCAUUUUGCUUGCUCAUCCGUUGAAUGCAAAAAGGGCAGCAGAAGGAAAGAAUGUUGCAAAUCUGGUUCUUUUACGAGGGUGUGGCAUUCGAAUUGAGGUUGCUCCAUUUGAAAGGAUACAUGGUCUCUGGCCAUGCAUGGUAGCUCCUACCAAGAUUAUUGCCGGCUUGGGUUUGUCACUCGGGAUAGAUAUUCUGGAAGCUCCUGGAGCGACAGGAGACUAUAGGACAUUAUUAACAUCAAAAGCAACUGCCAUAGCCAAGGCACUGUCGGCACCUCUGCAAUCUUGUCCCAAUGUUUUUGUGCCCGGGGAAGAUGAGCACAAGCCUGGUCGAUUUGAUGGUUAUGAUUUUGGGUUCCUUCACAUUAAGGCAAUUGACGAUGCAGGUCAUGAUAAAGCGAGUGUAUUCAAAGUGAAAGGACUGGAAGCUGUUGAUCAUGCUAUAGGACAAUUAGCUAGGCUUCUUUGGGAAGCAGAGUCCACGGGGAAAUUCAACUACUACCUUUGUGUCACCGGAGACCACUCCACGCCCGUAGAAUAUGGAGAUCACAGCUUUGAACCAGUGCCAUUUGCAUUGUGUAGUUUAAAAGACUUUGUGAGUGCUUUGGGUGGAGAAACUGUCCUAUCAGGUAUUUCCCUUGAUCCAUUUCCCCUUCCAUCCGUCCAAGCUGGCGAAGACAUAGAUACUGAUACAAGGAUUGAAGAAGACAAAAAUAAGAAGCUUCAGUUUCUUGCUGGUGAUUCUGUUGACAAGUUCAGUGAAAUAGCAGCUGCAAGAGGUUGUCUUGGCCGGUUUCCCGGGAGUGAGAUGAUGGGAAUCAUAAAGGCAUAUCUUAAACUUGAUGCUUGAUUUUGAUCCGCGUCUGAAGUUCAUACUCAACAUAAGCUUCAAAUCAGGGGGGAAAAAGAACAUCAAAAUAAUUUAAUUUUCUUUGGAGGAGAAAUGUAGCUGUAUUGUCCUAACUUUCUAGGUCCCGUUUGGUCAUGAGUUUUGCCAAAAUAAAUUUGGGAUUUAUUUUCAAAA